AUGCAUAAAAUUACAAAUUGCUUAGUUAGAAACGGUGACUACGUGAUAGUUAAAAAAAACAAUUUUAAGAAAGUUCAUAAAGUAUCCGAAAGGAGUAUUUUGAUAUUAGGAAAAGAACAAAUUGAAACGAAGUGCAUAGUGGGGAAAGAAUUCUGGACGACGUUUGAGGUAAUCCCUUCUGAAAACAACAAGGAAAUUUACACGUUGCUGCCUGUUAUAAAAGCGGAGUCUUUAGAUAAAUUAAAUUAUGAUUUACCUUGUGGUCUUGACAAUCGGUCGAUCAACGAUGAUGGUACGUCACAACAAUUGACAAAAGAUGAAAUUUUAGGUCUCCGAAAGGCUGGUAAGUCCAGUAGGGAAAUUGUCAGUUCUUUGAUUGAAAAUAGCAGUUCUUUCUGUGCUAAAACUGAAUAUUCACAACAAAAAUACAUUCGAAAAAAGGAGAAAAAAUAUUUUCAGUAUUUGACCAUUUGCAGGCCGACUAUUGAGUUGCUACAUGAAAUUUACUUCCAUCAAGAUUAUACGAAGAUUAGUUGUUUGAGAGUGGACACUUUAGCUCAGACUCUUUCUUACUGUGAUAUUAAAUCGGCUGGAAUGUAUUUAUUAUAUGAUAGUGGAUCUUCAGGAUUGCCUGCAGCCAGUAUUCUGAAUCGAAUAGGAUCAAAUACAGAUGGUAGUUUGUUACACAUUCACCCUGGAAGUGAAGCCCAGAUGGCAAUUAUUCAUGCCAUGAAUUUUCCUGAAGAGCAAUUAAAUCGGUUACAUAACAUCAGUAUAACAAAAUUCAUUAAACGUGUAAUAAAGGUUGAAAUUGUUAGGUCUAAUCUGUCAGUGAAGACUGCUAACUCAUCUCCAAAUAAUGAAAUUAAACCUAAUUCCCGGGCAUCAUUUUCUGAGCCACAAAUGGCUACCGAAACUUCUAUAAUGCAAAAUGAACUGAAAAGAAAAAAUACAGAACUCAGUGGGCCUUCUUUUCCUAAAAAGGAAUCCAAAAUAUCAGACGCUAUGGAUCAUCUGAAGACUGAGAGGGCAGAAGCACUGGUAGUCAUCGCUAGAGAGCAUCCACGCAAUUUAAUUGAAUUUCUUAUACCUUUUCUUAAAAAAUCUAGACCUUUUGUCAUUUACCACUCCAGUCGAGAACCACUGCAGGAUACGUACGUUUUGUUAAAGCAAAAAUUUACUGUUGUAAACUUGAAACUAUUUUCAACUUUUCUGCGAUCUUACCAAGUAUUAACAGAUAGAACGCAUCCUGAUAUUGUAUCAAAUAAUCAAAUAAAAAAGGCGAAGGCCUCCUUGAAGUCUGAUCUCGAGGCCGAUAAGAUACCAGGAUAUACUGAUCUCGUAAGUCAAACUACGCUCAGGGGCUUUUUGAGAGGCUUAAGACCGGAUUUGGAGAUGCGAGUUAUUAUUAAAGAUCCAAAGAGUUUAGAGGAAGCUAUUGAAUUUGCCCGUGACGAAUAUCAGAUUAUAUUAGAUCGUUAUUCCCGCCAAAUGGCACCAAGUUCUGCACAGCGUUCACCCUUUCCAAGACCUUAUCAGAGCAAUCACACCGUACAGCCUUAUCAAAAUAGUUAUCAAGCUCGAGCACCCUUUGCACAUAUGAAUUCGCGACCUGUGGCUCCCAAUCAACCAGGGUUCGCUUCCCGUGAGGGUUACCUUGACCGCGUUUCUGAACCACGAUCUGCAGAAGAAAAUAGACCUUUCAUGUCGCCAUGA